GGUCGUUAAAGAGUGUUGCACAAAAAUGUUUGAAACGUCUACCGUGCUGUUGUUUACUGGAUUAGGGCUGAUUCUUUACUCAUUCUACAGAUGGGCUACUGAAAAUGAUGACUUCUUCGAGAAAAGUGGUGUUCCGUAUUUAAAGCCGAAUUUUAUAUUCGGAAACACUUGGAAGUUCUUUUUCAAUAAAAUUCCACUAACUGAAUUUGUCGAGUACUUGUAUAAUGCGCACCCAACUGCUAAACUCAGUGGAUUCUUUAAUUUCAUGACACCCAUAUACCUGAUCCGAGAUCCAGAGAUUCUGAAACACAUUUCCAUUAAAGAAUUCGAUUCGUUCGAAGACCACAAAUUUAUCAUAGACAGCGAGGUGGAUUCGCUGUUCGGCCAGACACUCUUUUUAAUGAAAGGCGAAAAAUGGAGAGAUAUGCGAACGACCCUCAGCCCAGCAUUUACUGGUAGCAAGAUGCGAUUGAUGUUUGAAUUAUUACGUGAGUGUGUCAGCGAUACCAUGCAAUACAUCCGGGAUAUAAAUUCGGAACAAAGUGCAUUUUCGGUUGAAAUGGUCGAUGUCUUCGGAAGAAGUGGAAUCGACGUAAUUUCAUCGUGCGCAUUUGGUUUGAAAAUCAAUUCAUUUGUAGAUAAGAACAACGAGUUCUACCGUAUCGGGAAAAAGGUAUCCAAUUUGACUACGUUCAAAGCGUAUGUAAAAUUCGUUGCUCAGCGGGUGGUACCAGGGGUAAUGAAAUUUUUCCGUAUCGAAUAUUUGGACUCUGAUGUGAAACGAUUCUUCUCGGACAUGGUGCUGAAAAACAUUCAGACAAGGCGUAAGGAGAAAAUUUUCCGUCCUGAUAUGAUUGAUUUGCUGAUGAAGGCUAGGAAUGGCGAGUUGUCGCAUCAGGAAGAAAAGGAAACGUUUACCGAUGGUUUUGCUACAGCUGUCGAGUCGAACGUAAAGAAAUCCAAGGUAAAUCGCAAUUGGACGGACGAUGAAUUGGUUUCGCAAACUUUUGUAUUUUUUUUGGCUGGUUACGAUACAGUCACCCAAGUAAUGACUGCCUUUUCGUAUCAAAUGGUAUUGAAUCCAGAGGUUCAGCAAAAAUUGACCGAAGAAAUUCAUGAAACCGAGAAGAGUCUGAACGGUAAGGAUAUCACAUACGAAAUUCUUCAAAAAAUGCGUUACAUGGAUAUGGUUACGAGUGAAGUACUGCGGAUUGGCGGACCGGCUGUUUUCAUCGAUCGCCUAUGUACAAAGAAUGUUGAUUUGUUAGUAGAUGGCAGGUUCAUCAAAUUUAAAAAGGGCACACAACUAUGGGCUCCUCUGCACGCCUACCACAACGAUCCAUUAAUUUAUCCAGAACCAAAGAAGUUUGAUCCAGAGCGUUUCAACGAAGCGAAUCGUGCCAAUAUCAACCCUGCAUUUUACAUCCCAGGUAUAGGCCCGCGCAACUGCAUCGGCUCUCGAUUUGCGUUGAUGAACGUUAAAUUGAAUGUGUACUAUCCGUUGAAGAACUAUCGAUUUGAGCCGAACAGUCAAAUGCAAUGAAAACUGGAGCGUUCGGAAUGUAUCCAGAGAAAGGAUUGCAAAUUAAUUUAGUGCCACACUGACAAAGUAUAUUGAAUUUGUGUCUAUUCACUUGUUACAUUCAUUCAUGGCUUUCGAGUUGAAAGUAUAGUAGGGC